CUGGUUUAUUGUGAGAGCCAAUCAGGACGCAGUCUGUAUAGGUUAUACUGGGUUAUACCAGGUUAUACUGUCGAAGUGUUGUCACAUGUUGUCAAAGUUGAGUCCGUUAGGCAGUUAGGCAUCUUCAAGUUUGGUUCGCUUCGUUUAUAUAUUCGUUUAUAUUUUUGAACCUGUUAUUGCAUCACAAUCGGCCGCCGGACACGACUAUUUUGGUUUUUACGUUCUGAGCCUCGAAAGCUAGAAUAAUAUAUUGUUUCGUGGCUAAAUCGUCUCCCACAGUAAUAUUUCACUUUGCUAUUCAAGUUUUUCUGCUUUGGUGCAUUGUCUACUUGCCCCUGUACUUCUCUCAAGGGAGUAAUCUGGAGUGGAGUGGAGUGGAGUUGUCAAAGUUUAAACAAAUUCACUUCGCAAACAUGACCUCAUGCAAAAAAGAAAAAGCUUCAAAAUGGUCUAAAGAAAGUAUUCUAUGUUUAAUAGAGGCCUACAAAGAGGAACCGUGUUUAUAUGCGGUAAACACACCAAAUUAUCAUAACAAACAGAGUAGAAAUGAAGCAUUAAAGAAUGUGUGUACCGCUGUUUCAAUGAUUAGACCUGGAACCACAGAAAAAGAGUGUGCAACAAAAUUUUACAAUUUGCGAAAUCAAUUUAAUGUCGAAAAUGCAAAAGUAAAAUCGUCAAUAAAAUCUGGAAUUGGUACUAAUGAUGUAUACAAACCGAAUCUCUGGUACUUUGAGCAUUUAUUAUUUUUAGAAAGUUAUUUUACAUCCCGGAAAAGCAGAAAUUCUAUAGAAAAAAAUUCUGAAACAUUAUUUAUAUCUACUUUAAAUAAGGUAAAACGCUAUUUUAAAUUAAAUGAUUUCUGUAUUACUACAAAUUAUUUUUAUAUUUUAAAUACCAAAAUUAUCAAAAUUUUAUUGUACGCUUAAUAAAAAGUAAUUAUUUUUUAUAUUGUUUAUAAAUUAUUUACUUAGGACGAAGAAACAGAUAUUCAACAAUUGCCUGAAACACAUACCUAUGCUGAAGAAUGGUUGGAUGAAGAGUUCAGGAAUUUUAUUGAUGAAUCGACAAACGAAUCAAUUUCUUUCAUUGAUUCAUCAGAAGUUAUAGAAUCAGUCAACAACCAAGCCUCACCAGUUAUCAGUUCUUGUGUCCCGGUUAAAAGUCCUGAAAGCAUUGAUAGAAUUUUUAAUAGAAUUCCUGAGAGAAGUAAAACUCCUUUGUCAAUAUUCCUCGCCCAUCUCCUUCUAUUAGUCCAGCGAAUUCUAUUGCAUCUUCAUUAGGUAUUAACAAUCGUACUCGCCCAUCUUCUAUCAGUCCAUCUCCGACAAUCCAAACCACAAAGAAGCGUAAAGUAGAUACUGACACAGUUUAUGCUGGAGCUAUUGAAGCAUUAGCACAAUCGAUUAAGCAACCCAUAACAGUACAGCGAACAGAAACCCCAACAAAUAAUACUUCAAAUGUGUUAGAUCCUGUGGAUACGUGCAUGGCAUUUAUAAGAUCAAUAUUAAAACGUUUUAAAAAUGAAAGUUUUCAAUUUCAAGUAAUGAAUAAGUUGGUUGAAAUUGUUAUAAAUGCUAGCACUGAAGAUUACAGGGAGCAGAGAUAAUUCUUUUUUCUUAUAAUGUUUUCUUUUUAAAGAUUUUCUAAUGUAUAUGUAAAGAUUUAUUUGUUUUUAAUAUAUAUGUGUUAUUUACAGAGAGCAAAAGAUAAUUCUCUAAAAAAUUUAUUUGUUUUCAAUACAUAUGUUAUCAAAAAUUCAAUUUCACAAAUGCUUGAUUCACAUACCUCUAGCAAAGAUGUCAUGAUAAUAAUAUUUUUAUUUUUAUUUAUCAAUUUAUUCCUGCAAAGUCGUAAACUAUAUAUUUGUUGUAAAAUUGCGAAUUGUCGGCGGAAAAUUUUCUACAAUUGAGAAAUAGUUACUUUUAUCGUCGCAUCGAUUUUCUUACGUAUAUAAGGAACAAAUACAACGACAUUUAGCUGUGAAUGUUGAUUUUUAAAUGCGCAAAUUAAAGAUGUAAUUGGUUCUCCUCUGGUCUUGAAUGUUACGUAAACCGAUUAUGUAUUUAUUUUUAUAUUAAUAACCGUGCGACCACAGCGUAAUUUAUAAAUUAUUUGAUUUGGGAGCAAAAGAUAAUUCUUUUUUU